GUCACUAUCUCUUUCUCAUCUGAAGAACCUCCGACAUAAAACUAAAAACAUUAUCUCGGUAUAAGACCCAUUCAAACUCAGAUCACUCGUCAAAGAUCCACCGUAAAAUAAUGUAUCCACCACCGAUCCCUACCUCCUCCUCCUCCUCCUCUUCUCCGGCGACUGAUGACGCUUCCUCGCCGCUACUCAACCGAAGCCGCCGUCCUUCGCAGCCGUUACGCGGCGCGGCGUCGCGGCUUCUCCGCCGCGCGAGCAGCCGCGGGAUGAUGCUCCGCGAGUCGUCGGUUCGAGUCCGCGAGACGGCGGCCGAGCAGAUUGAGGAGAGGCAGAGCGAGUGGGCCUACUCUAAACCGGUUAUAGUCUUGGACGUGCUGUGGAAUCUAGCGUUCGUGUUCGUCACCGUGGGAGUCUCGUGGUUUAGCUCGGAGGAAGAUCCUCGCGCUCCUCUUAGGUUCUGGAUCGUUGGGUAUAAUCUCCAGUGUUUGAUUCAUAUCGCCUGUGUGAUCGCUGAGUAUCGCCGUCGUGAAUCGAACCGAGAUUUGGAUUCCGGUUUAAGCUCGGUUCAAGGAUCUAGCGAUGGUUAUGGUGCUGAGAUUGAAUCUGGAAAUAGUGUUGCUAAGCACAUUGAAUCAACGAAUGCAAUCUUCUCGUUCGUGUGGUGGGUCAUUGGGUUUUAUUGGGUCACUGCUGAUGCUGAGGAACUCGCUCAAAGCUCUCCUCAGCUCUACUGGCUAUGUGUGGCGUUUCUUGCGUUUGACGUUAUCUUCGUAGUCCUGUGCGUUGCUGUUGCUUGUCUGAUUGGUAUUGCUGUGUGUUGCUGUUUGCCUUGCAUCAUCGCGGUUCUGUACGCAUUGGCAGAUCGGGAAGGCGCGUCUGAUGAGGAGAUUGAAAAGCUUCCCAAGUUCAAGUUUCUAACGGUGAGAAACUCGGAGAAAGUGAAUGGGGAGAUAAGGGAAACUCGUGGAGGGAUAAUGACUCAGCUUGGUGUUGAUUCUCCUACUGAACGUGUGUUAUCAAGUGACGAAGCUGAAUGUUGCAUUUGUCUGUGUGACUAUGAAGAUGGAACAGAGCUGCGAGAGCUUUCGUGUAGACAUCAUUUCCAUGAAGCUUGCAUAGAUAAAUGGCUACGCAUCAACGCCACUUGCCCUCUCUGCAAACUCAACAUCCUGAAAACCGGUGAACAAAGUGGCGAUGAUGCAGUAUGAUCCAAGUUUCUCCACUCACCUUCAUUAGAUCGAUGGUGAUCAAUCAUUUCAACUCAUGUCCAUUGUUAAAGUUUAAGAGCUUUAACACCCGAGACAGAGGAUGUGGCUUGCUCUCUCUCUCUCUCUAAUACUACUUUGUUGUGUAAAUGCAGAAAGUAAAUAGUUAUAUUACAUAACUGUUGUUUUACAUGUUGAAAUUAUUGUUAUAUAGA